AUGAACCUCACGAUGUUCGCCGUAGCCGCGACCAUGCUGCUGGCCCUGGCCGCGUCGGUUCCGGCGCCGGUGUCCGGGCAGGCGGUUGUGACGUCGUGCGCGGCGUCUCUGGUGACCAGCUUCACGCCGUGCCUCGGCUACAUCACCGGCAGCACCAACGGUGGAGGAUCGUCGCCGACGGCGGACUGCUGCCAGUCCCUGGCGGCGGUUGUCAGCGCCAGCACGAGCUGCGCGUGCCUCAUCCUCACCGGUAACGUGCCGUUCGGCCUGCCGAUCAACCGGACACUCGCCCUCACGCUGCCCAAGGCCUGCAACUCCAUGUCCGUCCCACUUCAGUGCAAAGAUACGUCGGCUCAACUCCCAGCUCCAGGUCCUGUCGCAGUCUCUCCAGCGAUGCCCCCGCUACCGCCAAUGGCACCGGAGUUACCGGCGCCGACAGCAGAGCCCACCGUGACGCCGGCGCCGAGCAGUCAGACCCAGGGGCAGACGAGGCCGCAGGUGGUGCCCAGCUCUGCCUGGAGGUCCAGUGCUGGCGUAUCCGUGCUGCUUGCCGUCGUUGGAACCAUGCUGGGUUGAACAGAUUUGAAUAGAGCUCAGCAAAGCACUGUUCGUGUUGAUUACAAUGUGGUUUUUUGAUUGUUUAGUUGGAGAGUUAUAGGCAGACACAUAUUAGUAUUUGUCUGACAGUCGUUUGAGCUGUGUACGCUAAUUUAUAUUCUUUGA